AUGUGGAAUCGAGCACUUCAGACCCACUUGUCGUCGUUUAUCCGGCCUGAAGCGACCUUAUUUAUGUCACUGCUCGUGAAGAUGGAAAAAAGAGCACGAAGACAAGCUAGGGAAGGAAAAAUCAUUGUUGAAGAGACUAAAAACCGUUUUGAGGCCAUUUGGCAGAAAGAAGAGGCCGACGCGAUGCGCGCUAUCAGUGAGGCUAAGCAGCUAGCCCACUCCAUGCGCGCUGUUAUGUCUGCGAAGAAACCUUGA